ACAGAUAGUGCCCGGCCACCAUCAUCGUCACAACACACGCAUCUAAGAGCGCGUCCAUCACCUUCUCCGCAAUCACCUCACUUUCUGUUUCGCCGCUGACCUAACCGUCCCUCCUGCAUUAUAAAUCGACCGAAUUCCGGUUUACAUCAUAUCGGCAACAUAAUUUUAAGUUUAUCUGAAAGUUUGUACAUAUUUAAUCGGUGCAUCUAACUUAAACCAAUCGUUAACGACUUAUUUUUUCGGAUACAUUUCCUGGAAUCCUCAGGCAAGCGGUUAGCGUCCUUCAACCAACGCGUAUUACUUACCAGUAUCGCGUUAUAAUAGGUUUAUCUGCCAGUUGUAUAUGGUUGGCUCCUUGUCAACGACUUCUUUCGCUUAUACCUAAGAACACAUCCGCUACUGCCGAAGUCGCUAUCGCCUUUACCUUUCCAGAAGAGCAAUAACUGCAGUCCGCAAUUAUAACGGCUACCGUUGUUAUUAGAGACGAAAUUGCAGCAGAAAUAUUCAACAACACAAUCACUUCUAGUACCGUUAAGAAACGCACCUUACCUCGCUUCUGGUCCUCAUUACCAGAUAUACCUGUAGAUCAUAGUAUCUAUUCUAUUGAAAGUCAAUCAAAGGUAUAUAAACGAACAAGGUUGUUUUGAAAUUGUAGUUAAAUCACUUCAAGCCAGUAAAAGAGAAUAUAAUAAGGAAGAAGUAAAGACUUUUUGAUCAUUACAUCUGUGGAAAUUUAAUGGACUUGAAUCGACAGACAACAAAGCAAAGUUUUAACUAAGUAACUAAUAUAGAAAUACAGGGAUUUUAACAAAAGGACCAAAUGGACGCCAAAUCAAAAGAUGAUUCUAAUAUUAACCUCACACUUCGACUUAUCAUGCAAGGAAAGGAAGUAGGCAGUAUAAUUGGGAAAAAAGGUGAGAUCGUCAAACGUUUUAGGGAAGAGUCUGGAGCAAAAAUCAACAUAUCUGACGGCUCUUGUCCUGAGCGAAUUGUGACGAUAUCUGGUUCAACCGAAGCUAUUUAUAAAGCUUUUUCAUUAAUAUGCACUAAAGUUGAAGAGUUUAUUGAAAUGCAAAAUGGAAAAACCAGUUCCAGUAUUAUAGGAAAGUGUGGUAUGACUCUAAGGUUAAUAGUUCCGGCAUCUCAGUGCGGUUCUUUAAUCGGAAAAGGUGGUAAUAAGAUAAAAGAAAUCCGAGAAGCAACUGGAGCUCAGAUACAAGUUGCCUCAGAUGUUUUGCCACAAUCUACAGAACGAGCUGUCACACUUACUGGUACAAGAGACUCAAUAACUCAGUGUAUUUUUCAUAUAUGCGCAGUAAUGAUUGAAUCUCCGCCGAAGGGCGUAACAAUUCCAUACCGAGCUAAACCUCAAAUCGGAGCUCCAGUCAUUUUAGCAGGCGGACAAGCAUUUACGUUAGCCAGUGCAGGUUCAGCCGCAGGUUGUGAUGUAGGUACUAUGAUGGUAGGUGGGGGACCAUUCAACACACCAAUGUUAAUGGUUCCACCGACACCAGGAGCUGCGGCUAGUCUCGGUUUAAUUGAUCCUUUGGAUUAUCCAUUACUUAAAAAUGCUUUCGGUCCGUCACAAUUGGGUAAGUUAACAAGUAAUCCAUUAGCCGGUCUUGCAGCUUUAGGAUUAGGCACUUUGGGUGGUCCUGCCAAUUCAUUCAAUCCCGCAGCUUUAGCAGCUUUAGCUGGAAGUCAAUUGCGAUCUAAUGGCACAGGAAAUAAUCUAAACAGUAGGUCUGGUGGAAAUCAUCAAACACAUGAGAUGACAGUACCAAAUGAUCUCAUCGGUUGUAUUAUUGGGAAAGGCGGAACUAAAAUAGCUGAAAUUAGACAAAUUAGUGGAGCUAUGAUACGUAUAUCAAAUUGUGAAGAUCGCGAAGGAAGCACCAGCAGCGACCGAACCAUCACUAUAUCUGGAAACCCCGAUUCUGUAGCAUUAGCCCAAUACUUGAUUAACAUGAGCUUGGAUAUACAGCGAAAUUCAAUAUUACAAUCAGAAAUCCAACAGCAACAACUAGUGUUGUCUUCGCAACAGUAUUCGUAUCCCAUUCAUAUGCUUGCAACUUCUACCGCAACCACUUCUACAACAACCCAGACUACCAAUAAUCCAAUAUCAUCAGUUGUUACUAGCCACACGAUGCCGACCUAUCAUCAUCAGUUUAUGACUGUGGCCGAAAUACCCGUCCAGCACCAUUUCCAUCAUAAUCCUAAUGUAGCUGCUACAUUGCUAUCGCCACAACCGACGGUCGCCAAACAUAAACCAGACCGAAUCAAAUUUGCACCUUACUGACAAUGGGAUCAACAAAAAUAAAAUUAAUUUUAAAUAUUUUAUUUGUACGUUACCAGGGGGAUCCACGAGAUCUAGCCCCCGAAAUAUUCUUAAUUACAUUAUAAUUAAGAGUUUAAACUUAAUAGCAUAUAGACGAUAUUUUUUUUUGAACCUUUUUUCAAAAUAAAAACCGGACUACUUACUUAUAUCAAUAAAUCUUAUAAUGAGACAGUUGCACAUAAAAAUAACAUUGUCAAUGGCUCAAAUUCAAUCUAAAUUUAAGGAUGCUAAAAUCAGUGUGAAUUCCAACCAAAAUUCUAAUAUUUUGUUUUGUUUAUAGCCUUCAAAGAAAUGCAUAAUAAAGAAAAUUGGGGUUGCUAAACUUUUUCUUGGAUCCCUUUUGUAUUUAUACCUUCAAUCAUUAUUAGUUAUGUUUUGUUAGUUAUUACUUCCUAUAAAAUCGGAAUAAUGAGUAGUCAUGUUUAUCUAGGCGCAACUACCCUAUCAAAAAAUUGUGUCCAUAAAAAAAUUAGAUGAUUAUUUUUAUUAUUUAAAAAAAUAAUUUUUAGGGUGUAGACAAAUUAAUUUAUCCCUUUCUUAAAAAUUUUUGUUUUAGUUGCAUCUAUGCAUGUAUACCAUAUUUUUAUAUUUAUGCAUAAGCGGAUUUAGAUAGCUGGCUAUAAAAAAUAUCACUUACGUUUUUUGUGUGCUAGUCCGUCAAUAUAAUGUUGAAUUUAAUUUUAAAAAAAAGAUAUAAAUGUUGCGAAAAAAUUGAAUCAAUUAUAAAUACUUCAGUAUUUUUUUUAUAUUUAGAAUAAAUUUAGAGGUU